UAAACAGAAGAGAGGAGGGGGCAAAUGCUUCAAGAAGGCUUGAAGCAGUUCAAUAGCACUACAUACCAUCUCCAAAUCUCAACCCAGGUAACCAUUCUUCAUUGCUUCCACCUUAAGCAACAAGCUUUGUUUCUCAAUCAAAUCAAAUGCUUCGUUUAAUUUGCAUAAAACUGCCCCAAGAAUUGAAGCACAAAGCUUCAUCCCUUACCCAUGGCCACUUCUUCUCAACCUCCUCUGUCAAACCCAUCGCAGAACUCCCUAAUUCCAAGAACCCACAAUCUCUAACAGUCUCCCUCCUCCAAAACUCAUGUGGGUUGUCCUUGGAAUCAGCCAUUUCAGCUUCCAAGAAGCUCAACAUUGAGAACCCAAAGAACCCCAACUCAGUUCUGGACCUGUUGAGAACUCACGGUUUGACUCGGACCCAUAUCAGAAACUUAAUUAGCAGUCGUCCACUAUUGCUUUUGGCUGAUUUAGAGAAUACCCUUAAGCCCAACAUGGAGUUGUUUGAAUCCUUGGGGUUCUCUAGCGCUAGCCUUGGGAAAAUGCUUAACAAAUACCCACAUGUGCUUGAAAGUGAUGCAUACACUGUUGUUGAUUUCUUUAGAGCUCAUGGUUUCAGUGAUGAGCAAAUAUCAACCUUGACCAUGAAGCGUCCACGACUGUAUUUAUAUGAUGCGGACAAGAACUUUAAGCCAAAGUUGAAGUUUUUCAAAUCUUUGGGCUUGUCAGUUCCUGAAAUUGCAAAUCUUUUAUCCACGGAGCCUGCUAUUCUAGAAAGGAGCCUCGAAAAGCAAAUCAUUCCUUGUGUUCAAGAGCUUAGGCGGAUUCUUGGCACUGAUGAGAAUGUUUUAAAGGCUAUAAAGGCAGACUACAGGGUAAUUGUAGCUAAUGUGGAAAAAGUGCUCAAGCCCAACAUGUCGAUGUUGAUCAGCCAUGGUGUGCCCCAGUCAUUAGCUUUGAAACUGUUUCUUUUUGGAUCAAGAUCACUGCAUAUGUCAACUUUUCGUUUUAGUGAGAUUAUUAGCGAAGUUAUGAAAUUGGGUUUUGAUCCCAACAAUCUGCUAUUUGUUAUAGCCAUCCGUUCCAUGGCAAUGAGUAAAACACUGUGGGAGCAAAAGAUGAAAGCUUAUAGAAGUUUUGGUUUGUCAGAGGAUGAGAUCUUUUCAGCAUUCAAAAGCCAACCAUUUUUUUUGAGUGUUUCAGAGAAGAAGAUCAAGAAAUCAAUGAGUUUCUUUGUGAACAAACUGAAGAUGAAGCCUUCUCUAAUCUCCAAGAAUCCUAAUAUUCUACUGUUUAGCUUGGAGAAGAGAAUUAUUCCAAGGUGUUCAGUUCUGCAACUUUUGAUUUCAAAGAGGCUGAUCAAGGAAAAUACUAGUAUUUUUCAUGCGAUUGCAAUGCCUGAGAACAAAUUUGUGGAGAAGUUAGUGACCAAGUAUCAAAAUGAGGUCCCUGAUGUUGUUAGGGCACACCAAGGGAAUAUGGAAUUUCAAGGCUUCUCCAUUGAUUUGAAAAUGUGAAUACCAUGAGAUCAUCCAAUGCUCAGGGCAUUGCCAAAACAUCAUGAGUUCAUCCAAGGAAUGCAACAAUGCAAUCAAUUCCAGAAGUUUUGCAACAGCUUCAUAUGCUUUAAUCCAUCUGCAUAACAGAACUACAUUUCAGGAGAAGCAGAUCCUGGAGUAGUCUGAUUACUCGGGAGGUUUAUGUAAUUUGCAAAAGUAGUUCAAAUAUCAAGGCAUUCAACGACGUCCAAGCGUGUGAGGCCUUAUGAUCGGAUUUUAUCAUAUUUAACUUUUCAGCCCACGCGCCGUUCUCAGCCUCCGCAAGCCUUUUUCCGCCACUCCAUCCGCCGGAUCUGUUGUUAUUUGGAGUUUUAAGUCGUUUUCUUGUAAAAAAAAAAAAAAAAAUCUUGUUUUGUUGGUUUUUCUGAACUUGUUUUUGGUGGGUUACUGUCUCCCAGAUCGUUGGCAUCUUGAUUUUUUAUUGGAAACUUUUGUAACUGAUUUGUGUUGGUAGCUUUUCAGUCCCGACAUCGGGCUAUGAUAGUGAAUUUUUGGCUUCAGCCUCCUUCAAGUGGUUGUUAUUAUUUUCAAGUGA